UAUUAUCUAGUUUCCAAUCUAUAACAUCUGUGAUCUGUGGUUGUUUGUGGGUUGAGUCGCAUUCGCAUUAUUUGAGGGGUCCAAAAUGUCUUCUUGUCCGUGGGCAAAUAUAAAGCUACCAGAUCCAGUCAGAUUAGACGACAUAAUAUCAGAAGAAAUUGCAAAAGAUUUGAAAGCGAAAGAAAUGAAAGAAUUCUAUCACCAGAGUGACGUUCAACAAGGCGAAGCUGGAGCUUUUACGAAUGAGUUUCUGGUUUCCAACGACAUCCCGGUUAAUUCUGCGAAAUCCUCUUCAGAUGAAAAAAUUGAAAGUGACGCAGAAAUUGCCCACAUUCUUCAAAUGCAAUUUAACAAAGAAUAUGACAAUUUGCUGGCGAAACGUGAACAGAAAAUAAAUGGCACCUCCAAAGUGUCUAUUUCGUUUGACAAAUAUAAAAUAUCCCGUCAGUGUGAUGAUGAUGAAUUCGAAAACGAUCGAUGCGAAGUUGAAGACCCGCAAGACAGGAAAGAUUGGGACAGAUUCGAUAGUACUUUGAGGGAAGUAAAUUCCAUUCCUGGUCGCGGUUGGAAGGAAACAGAAAAAGGGAAAAUAGUGACUAAGCAUGAUUUAGUCAACAAUGGCAGAUUAAAUACAUUGAAACUGAUGGAGCAAUUUCCUCCUGAGUUUCCAACAGGUGACGGUGAAGACAUUGAUAUGAAGUUGUCGAAUAGAACUUUCAACACCUUAAAAAAACACGCAAAUAAGGAACAUAUCAGAAGAUACAGAAUUCAAGAUAAAAGAGAACAGGCUACUACCGAAUUCGCAGUGGAUCAAGUAACAAGUCAUAUUUUGUAUCAACUGUUAUUGAACCAAGUAAUAAAGACUUAUAAUGGUACUAUUAGUGUUGGUAAAGAAGCUGUAGUAAUGCAUGCUGUGACGAACCAGGACUGGGUUGACACACAAGAAAUGCUACCUAAAGAAUGUGCGAUCAAAAUAUUCAAGUCAACAUUAACAGAGUACAAAAAUCGCGAUAAAUUCAUUAAAGACGAUCACAGAUUUAAAGACAAGUAUAACAACUGCAAACCAACAUCUUCAAAAGCUUUGAAUGCCUGGGCAGAAAAAGAAAUGGCCAAUUUAAUUAGGCUAAAGCGAGCAGGUCUGAGAUGUCCCGAUGUUGUGCGUUUAAAGAAACAUGUUCUGGUGUUGUCAUUUAUUGGUCAGAACAACAUUGCUGCCCCUAAGCUGAAAGAUGCUGUCCUGGAUGAUGCAGAUUAUGUCAAUGCUUACGAACAGAUUGUUGACGGUAUGAAACUGAUGUAUAAUAAGGCACGCCUCAUACAUGCGGACUUGUCAGAGUACAACAUUUUAUGGCACGAGCAUAUGUGCUAUUUUAUCGAUGUUAGUCAGUCCGUAGAGCCUGUGCACAAAAACGCCUUCAAAUUUUUAUAUGAUGACUGCAAACAUAUUACCAACUUCUUUUCAAAGAAGCAGAUAGUUCCAAAUAUUCUGACCACUGACGAAUUGUUUAACAGCAUUGUUGGACGUUCAUUCACUGAGAUGAUGGAUCUUGAAAGAAUUCGAGAGUCAACCAAAAUAAAACCGCAUAGCAUGAAUCGUGCCGACAACCAGUACUAUGGAUUUGAAGCAAACUGGGAAAGAGCAAAACAGAAACGAAAAGAAAAUACACCUAAUACGAAUGCCACUGAAAUAAAUGAACUAAUUGAUUCUUCCGACUGAUAAAAGAAAUUUGUAAAACACGGACGAUCAACGAUUUAACUUUGAAAUGUAUUACUGACCGUUGUGUAGUUGUGUAGGCUUAUUUUUUUAUAUGUAAACAUGACACUAAAACGCUACUGACUAUUUUCUUUGACGGUAACACUUUUUUAUGUCGAAAAACUAUAAAAUUUGGAAAAUAUUUUUGUCAUGAUCUGAGGAAAUGUUUUUCUAAUUUGCCAAGAAUCUAUUAAUUAAUUUUGUUAAUUAAAUAAAUCUAUUAAAAAUUAUUUCCUCGAUGUAUUGGAACAAAAAAUAUAGCUUAUAAACUAGACUACUUUUAAGUCAACUCACCUCUAUCCACCCUUGCCAAAAUAAAAAAUAUAUCGAAGAAA